GUCUCGGAGGGGAGCAGUAGCCGCACCACCCCCCACGGCAGCAGCGGAGCGCGCGAGAAUAGAAAGUCAAAUCCGCAGCGCCGGCCGCGACCAACCCCACCAAAUCCCCAGCCCAACCCCCCGGGCCCUCUCCGCCCGCCGCAGCGGCGGCGAGCUCGAAGCUGCCGUCCCCGCCGCCGCCGAGGCGAGCUUGAAGCUGUCCCCGCUCCGCUCAACCAGCCCCCCGCCGCCCCCUGCAUAGAGAGAGAUUCAUGAGGGGCUCAAGAAUGAAUCCAGGCGAUCGUAGAACGCGGAGCACAAUGACAAUAGUAAUUGUGAUGGGUUUAUGCUGCUUCUUUUACAUAUUAGGUGCUUGGCAGAAAAGUGGGACAGGAAGGGGUGAUAGUAUAGCCUUGAGGGUCAACCAAGAAACUGACUGUACAAUCUUGCCAAAUUUGCACUUUGAGACCCAUCAUAGCAUAAGUGGUGCAAAUCCAUUGAUCAUGACCAAUAAAGUGAUUGAGCCAUGCCACAUCCGAUACAGUGACUAUACUCCUUGUCAAGACCAGAACCGAGCAAUGGCCUUUCCUAGAGAAAAUAUGACAUACAGAGAAAGGCAUUGCCCUUCGGAGAAGGAGAAGCUGCACUGUCUAAUCCCAGCACCAAAAGGCUAUGUCACCCCUUUCCCUUGGCCCAAGAGCCGUGACUAUGUUCCUUAUGCAAAUGCUCCAUAUAAAAGCCUGACAGUCGAGAAAGCUGUUCAGAACUGGAUCCAGUUUCAGGGAGAUGUGUUCAAAUUUCCAGGAGGAGGGACGAUGUUUCCCAAUGGAGCAAGUGCUUACCUUGACGAACUUGCAUCCAUAAUCCCACUUGCUGAUGGUACCAUCAGAACUGCACUUGAUACUGGAUGUGGGGUUGCAAGCUUUGGAGCUUACCUAAUGGAUCAAAAUAUAUUAACCAUGUCAUUUGCACCCCGAGACUCACAUGAAGCUCAAGUUCAAUUUGCUUUGGAGCGAGGUGUUCCUGCAGUAAUUGGAGUACUUGGAACUAUAAAGCUCCCAUACCCAUCUAGGUCUUUUGAUAUGGUCCAUUGCUCACGCUGCUUGAUCCCAUGGGAGUCAAAUGGCGGGAUGUACAUGAUGGAAGUAGACAGGGUUCUGAGACCUGGGGGUUAUUGGAUACUUUCUGGACCUCCCAUCAAUUGGAAUAAAUACUACCAAACGUGGAAAAAGUCUAAACAAGAUGCUGAGGAAGAUCAGCGUAGAAUUGAGAACAUUGCUGAAAUGCUUUGCUGGGAUAAAAUUUAUGAGAAGGAAUAUAUUGCUAUUUGGCAGAAAAAAGCAAAUUCACAUUCAUGUCAUCAAAUGAAUGGUCAUGCUAGCAAGAUGUGCAAAGUUCAAGAUGCAGAUGAUGUCUGGUAUAAGAACAUGGAAUCUUGUAUAACACCUCCCGGAGAGUCAGCGCAGUUAAAGAAGUUUCCAGAGAGACUAUCUGCCAUACCUCCCAGAAUUCUGGAGGGGCAUGCCCCAGGUGUUACAGAAGAAGACUAUGAGGAGGAUAAUAAGUUGUGGAAGAAGCAUGUCAAUACUUACAAGAGGGUGAACAAGCUGAUAGGUUCUUCAAGGUACAGGAAUAUUAUGGACAUGAAUGCAGGCCUUGGAAGUUUUGCUGCAGCGCUUGAUUCUCCUAUAUCCUGGGUGAUGAACGUUGUGCCCACUAUAUCAGAGAGGAACACUCUUGGUAUCAUAUAUGAGCGAGGUCUGAUUGGCAUAUACCAUGAUUGGUGCGAAGCCUUCUCUACAUACCCUAGGACAUAUGACCUGAUACAUGGCUAUAACAUCUUUAGUUUAUAUCAGAACAAGUGUGAUGUGGGAGACAUUCUUCUGGAGAUGGAUAGGAUUUUACGCCCAGAGGGUGCAGUCAUACUGCGGGAUAGUGUUGAUGUACUGAACAAGGUUAGAAGCACGGUGUCAGGAAUGCGGUGGAAGUCCAAGUUGCUCGAUCAUGAAGACGGCCCUCACGUUCCUGAGAAGAUUUUAAUUUCAGUGAAAGAGUAUUGGGUUGGCAGUGAAGAAGAGAACAGUUCAUAGAUGCAGAACCAUGGCGAUACUUGAUGACUUGGCAUCUUUCCCUGUGAUGCGAAUCCCUGAUGCUGUUUUGUCAGUGAAUAGAUUUUGUUCAUACUCCUUAUUCCAUAGUACAGUGUUACAAAAGACCCAGACCUCGCGGAUUGCCCCAUAGACAAUCAGGAUUUGGGCAUCCUAUUUUUUUGCUGUGCAUAUAUAGUACCAGAACAUUAACGGAAACAUUGGCGAUUUGCCAAUACUUGUUUUGUAGGUAAAUAGCGACACUUGCUCGCUGCAUUGUGCGGAGAUUCGUUUUUACAGAUGUAUAAGGAAAGAUUUUCGUGCUGUUUCUGCACGCCGUCUGUUGAUAAUGAGAUCAUUUUGAGAAUCCAUUUGCGCUAGAUCUGCCUGUGCUGAUCGUAUGGCGGAUCAUGCAGUAGGCCAGUAGACUGGUGGAUGUUGCUGCUGCGGGUCCGCGGGUAGUCACGCCCCCCAGGAUUGACCGAUGAGGCAUGAGGGCGACGGCAGGCAGCAGCGUGAAGCGCCUUCGCGGUUGACUCAAGGUCCACGCCUUGGCGAAGGGCAGGCUGCCCGCGGCCCUCUUGAGUCUCUCUAUAUAAAAAGGCUCGGCGAAGCGUGCGCAUCAUCUCGCAGAUACAGAGCCCAUCGUCGAGAGAAAGAAGCAGAGCAGAUGGGGACGCCGCGGCAGCAGCAGCAGCUUUGCGUGGUGUUCCUGUUGGCGCUCCUCGUCGUCUUCACCAUGGACGCUGUCCACGUCGACGCAGGGAGAGCGCUGGCGCAGGUGGGCUACGGAGCCCUGAACCCCGGCAGCACGCCGUCCGUGCCUCGAGGCCAGCCAUACUCUGGCCGCGGGUGCACCCAAAUCUAUGCGUGUAACAAAUCACCUCCUGGCGAAGCGCCAUGAUCUGUACCCUGCUUCUGCUUCUGCUUCUUAGAUGAAUAAUUUCCGGCGCAGCGCGGGUGAUGAAUCAAAUUAAAAUCAAAAUAAAAAGCCAGAGAUAUAAUUA